UAUCUUUCUAGCUUUAAUUUAUGAAUAAAUUUUCUUUUAUCUUUAUAAUUUUUAUUUAUACUGGUAAAAUUUAUUCUCAUAUCUAUCCAAAACUAUUUGAAAUUAAUAUUCGAAAGAUCGACAUUAUUUGGUAUAUUGAUGAAGAAUUGUAUAUUAUAUGCAAAACAUUGAUUUUAAAUAAUAAUUGUACUUAUACAUCAUUUAUGAACAUGACUUUAUACCAUGUAAAGAGUUGUAAUAUUUUAAAACAUAAAAAUAUCGUAAUGAUUCCUUUAAACAAGAAGGAAAAUCAUGAUUAUAACAAAAAUAUAUCAAAAUGCUGUAAUAUGCAUCAAGAAUCAGAGAAUGAAGUGAGUAUUUCCAAAGUUACCUCAAACAUUUUGUUAAGCAAAAUUUGUAAUCAUUCAGCCAUUAGACUUUAUAUAGAAAAGUUAAAUCUCAUUGAAGGAUUUAUAUUAAAACAAAGUAUUUUUGAUAUAUACCAAAAACCAGGAAAACAUUUGAAUAUUCCACUAAUCUCCUCAAAAUUAUCUAUCAUUUUGGAUAUGGGUGAAGAGUAUCAGAUAUUCUACUCACUUUUGCAAUUUUCUAAGCCUGUUCCUGCAAGAAUGGUUUUUGAUAAAUAUAUAGAUCAAUUUACCAACAAAUCUAAAUGGACCACAAUAAAUAUUAUAAACAAUACCUGCAAUAUAAGUCAAAUAAAUACUAUGCUGCACCAAGAUUGUCAAACAUUUCAAAACCCUAAAAAACAUGACUUAUAUAAAGUUGUCAAUAUUACCAGUAUCAUCAACAAAUCAUUGACCAAUAAGAUUAGAAUUACAUUAACCUGGGAUUUCUAUCAGCCCAAUAAAACAAAAUUUUUUAUCCUCCAAGAUGUAGCCCUUGUAGGGAGAUGUCAUUGUAAUGGGAUGGCCUCAACCUGUAAUACAUCUAUUUUUCCAUACCAAUGCAAUUGCCUUAAAUCUCAUCUUAAAUACUCAAAUCCUUACAAGUGCGAAAUAUCACAUAAUAAUGCUACAAUAAUGGCAGAUGAAAAUGUUAAUAAGUUUGAUUUCGACGAGUCAUUCACUAUUCCCUUUUCCAAAUAUACUGAUGCUAAUGAAACAACUUUACGUCAGUUUGGUAUUUUUGGACAUACUUUCCGUGGUAAUUAUACCAGGAAUUUAAAUACUACAUCCUAUUACAUGUCUCAUAGUAACUCAUCCGAUUAUCAAAGUAAAUUCAACGAUUCAAACUUUAAUUUUAAUAGCAUUACAUUUGGGUGGAAUGAAAUUCUAGAUGCUAUUUACCUAAAUAAUAAAUCACGCAUCUAUUCAUACAAUUUAUCGCGGAUCAACCUUAAUGUUAUUAAUAAAUCUUCGUCAUCGUCGUAUUCAAUUUUGAUGUAUGCUAAUGCACCAUUAAAUCAAACGGCAUAUUUUACGAUAAAUUCCCACAUAUUAAAUUACCAAAAUUUUACAAACCCGGAAGUCCAUACUAACGGACAAGUUUUAACGACGAAUAUGGCACUGGGGGAUGCCGAAAAUUGGCCAUUAACGGACAGACCACCCCUCUUUUCUACUAUGGAUCAUGUUCAUAAAAGAUAUACGUCAUUGUCGUUUGGGAGUAUGAAUAUAUCUCGGUUAUCACCUAUUCUAAACGUAUCACCUCUAAAAACGGAACCUAUAUUAAAAGUUGUGCCUUUUCACACGGUGGAAAAUUUAUAUGAUGCUAAUGAUAACUCUCCGACACAGAAUUUCCUGUCAACAAUUACAUCUUUAUCUUUGAAAUGGAAGCAGUUUUAUAAUUUUACACCUAAUUAUACUUUUAAUGAAUCGAAAUUUUUUUUUGCCACUCAUAAUAUCUAUCAUCAAACUAAUAACGAGACAAUGACAAAUAGGUCAUCUUUUCAUAUUGUCGAAAAUUUUUUGAUCGACAAAGGUCAAUUAAACCCUACAUUGGAUCUGGUUAAUAUCGGAGAAAAUUUAACUCGCUCUAGGACUAUUUCGACUUGUCCCUACCAAGAAAUUUUAAUGCACCUUGUUGAAUUUAAUUAUUUAGGAGAGAAGGAAUUGUGCGAUAUAAUUAGUCAAAAUAACAAUAACUCUAGUUUUAUACGAGAUAUUAAAUAUAUUUGUUUACUUAGUGGUGGCAUAAAUAGGCUGUACAAAGAUCAAAGACGUGAUGGAAACUUAUCUAAACGCAUAAUCAAUUUGCCAAUCUCUUUAGUUAAUCAAAACAUGCAAAAAUAUAUAAUUAUUCGCAAUGAUGGUGUUAAUACAUAUAAAUUUAAGUUACAGGAAAAUGAUUCAUCAAAUAAUACAUGCUUUACUGGAUUACCACUUCACCCUGUUGGAUUCUUAGUUUGUGAUAAUAAUAUCACUGCUCAAUAUACCUAUUUAGAAAUGGGUACAAUGUUUUCUUCAGCUGAUUCGGAGAUAAUUGAUAGCAACGAUAAACACAUAUGGUUCUUCGUAGUUAUCUCAUUUUUGGCAUUUUUAGCUCUUUUGAUUAUGUUCUUAAUGUUUGUUCGGAGGUAUAAAUAUAGGAUAGUCGAAUGGUAUCCAGAAAAGGUUGGAUAUUCCCAUAUUUUAAGGAAAACUCAAGCACUAUCGGAUGAACCUCAAUCAUCAAGAAUGUAUGAUCCCACGCAACCUAAAUAUAGAAAUAUAAGACAUCUUUAUGCCAUCCCAGAAACUCAUAUCUAAUUGCAAGUUAAAUGUGGUAAAAAAAUCACAAACGGAAUUUCAAUAUAACUUAGAAUCAAAUGAGAAUCCUCCCUCCCCCUGAAAAUGUGCCGAAUUAUUAUUAACAUAACAAGAAUAGAAGUAAAAAUUAUAAGAAACAUUGGUUUUAAAAUUUUCAAUAAUCCCAUUUUAGGAAAAAGCUAACUUAUAAAUUCUAAAUUGGAUUUAAAAAAAAUUUAAUAAAGUUUCCUGUAAGCCUAAGUUUAUAAAAAAAAUAAUUUAUUUCACCAUUUUUUGUAAAUGUACCAUAAUAUAACAAAUGUCGCAUUAGUCAUAUAUGGUAGUCAAUUAUUUACUACGUCAUAUUUAUUCUCCAUUGUAAAAAGUAUUUAAAAGUGGUUCAUUAUUUAUAUAUAUAUCUCGAUUUUUAACAAGCCUUAUUUUCUGUUUGAUAACAAAAAAUUUAAUAUAAUUUUAGACAUUUAUUUAUUAAAUCUUUAUUAACCCGUUUUUGCCCAGGUUAAUUUUUUUUUAUUAUAUCGAUUUAUCGAUAAAAAUUUUUAGGUUAUCCUCCCAUCUCCAUGUAAUAAAUAAAAAAAGUAAAUAUUCUUUUUUUUAAAUAAAUUUUAAUUUAUUCAAAUACUCUAACAUAAAAUGUAAAACUAUCAACAUAAAAUGUGUUUAAAACAACAUGGAGAUUUAACAUAUAUUUUUUUAAAGAUAAUUCACAUCGAUUUGACCCCCUGAUACAAUACUGUCAUUCUAUGUCACUCAGAUCAUUUAAAGAUUUUGGCCAAAGGCGUCUUUUUAUUUCAAAAAAUAAAAUAUAAUUGCAAAGUUUAUGAUAAAAAAAAUCAAAAUAUUCUACAUAACAUAAAUUUGUAAUUGCUUCUGACGAAAGAGAGAAUUGAGGAUAUUGUGGAAUUAAAUCAUUUGUGUUACGGUUUAUAAGUAGUGGCUAGUUUUUUUGUUUUGGGUAAUAUAAUAGAUUUCAUCAAAACUCAUUCUUUAAUUCAACCUAUAUGGUUCCCUGAUAUUGUAACUUCCUAAACGAGAAUUAUCUAUUAUAUAAUUCAUCUUCCCUAUUUUCCUUAGCCUUACUAAGAUUUCAAUCACCAGGUGAUGACUCAAAAUAAGUUGAUAGGUUUUGGUCAUCCUUAUUUUCCAAUAUUACAAACAAUUCUUCAAUACAAUAGUGGCAUGUUAUGUAAAUAAUUCUUAUAUAUUAUUUAAUUAUUUAUGGGAUUUCUACUAUAUAUCUAACAAUAUCCUAAAAUUUAAAAAUUAUACAAUAUUGUAAGAAAUUUUAAAAAUAAUUAAUACUUGUUUGAGUUCCCAGUGUUCCAAUAUCUAAUUAUGAACAAAAUUAAUUAUUUAGAAUUACUGCUAUAUAUAUAAUUAAAAAAUAUCUUAACAAUAUAAAAAAUAUUUAAAUGUGGAAAUGCUUAAAAACUUAGAUAUUUUUUUUAACAAAAUGGAAUUUCAGGAAUUAAAUAAAAUUGGUAUAAAAAAGAUAAGUUGACAAGAUGGAAAAAAAUUAAAUAAAUGUUCCUAUAUCUGAACAUCAUGCAAAAACGGGUUGAGGAUAUUAUUUUAAAACCAAUCAUUUAUUUUGCCCAUGAUUUUAAUCAAGUAUACUGCAAUAUCUAAUCUACAUUCCUUCAAAAAUCUCAGUUUUAUUUUUUUUAUGACACUUUAAACUAUUGUAUAAUGUAACAUAAUAAAGGCAAUAUUUUAUAAUAUGACUUGUGCAAUUGUUUUUAUAUCAAAUUUAUUUGUAGAACUUUUAUAUGAAUAUUGUUUUAAUAUCCAUUGUAAAUUUUAUAGUAUUUAUAAAAAAUUAGCUAAAACCCAUUGA